AUCUCCCUCCCCAGUGGUGUGCCCUCUGCCCUGCAUGAAUGGCGGCCAGUGCUCCUCCCGAAACCAGUGCCUGUGCCCUCCGGACUUCACGGGUCGCUUCUGCCAGGUGCCGGCCGGAGGAGCUGGCGGAGGCACGGGGGGCUCAGGCCCUGGGCUGGGCAGAGCCGGAGCCCUGUCCACAGGCGCGCUGCCGCCCCUGGCACCAGAGAGCGAGUCUGUGGCCAGCAAGCGCAUCUACGCAGUCCAGGUGAUCGCUGAUCCGCCCGGGCCCGGGGAGGGGCCCCCUGCCCAGCAUGCGGCCUUCCUGGUGCCCCUGGGGCCGGGACAGAUCUCUGCAGAAGUGCAGGCCCCGCCCCCCGUGGUGAACGUGCGUGUCCACCACCCGCCCGAGGCCUCUGUCCAAGUUCACCGCAUCGAGGGGCUGAAUGCCGAGGGCCCGGGCCCCUCCCAGCACCUGCUGCCGCACCCCAAGCCCCAGCACCCCCGGCCACCCACCCAGAAGCCCCUGGGCCGCUGCUUCCAGGACACGCUGCCCAAGCAGCCCUGCGGCAGCAAUCCCCUGCCGGGCCUCACCAAGCAGGAGGACUGCUGCGGGAGCAUCGGUACCGCCUGGGGCCAGAGCAAGUGCCACAAGUGCCCCCAGCUGCAGUGUGAGUGCCGGGCCCAGGCAUGGGCACCGGGCCACAGCUUGGGCCCCUCCCGCACGCAGUGCAUUGCAGACAAGCCAGAGGAGAAGAGCCUGUGUUUCCGCCUGGUGAGCCCCGAGCACCAGUGCCAGCACCCGCUGACCACGCGCCUCACCCGCCAGCUCUGCUGCUGCAGCGUCGGCAAGGCCUGGGGUGCGAGGUGCCAGCGCUGCCCCGCUGAUGGCACCGCUGCCUUCAAGGAGAUCUGUCCAGCUGGAAAGGGCUACCACAUCCUCACUUCCCACCAGACACUCACCAUUCAGGGCGAAAGUGACUUUUCCCUUUUCCUGCACCCCGACGGGCCACCCAAGCCCCAGCAGCUGCCCGAGAGCCCCAGCCGGGGGCCCCCACCUGAGAACACAGAGGAAGAGAGAGGGGUGAGCACAGACUCACCAGGGGUCGAGGAGCAGUCAGCACAGCAGAGCCACCCGACCGCCACCACCUCUCCUGCCAGGCCCUACCCUGAGCUCAUCUCCCGGCCCUCGCCCUCCACCGUGCGCUGGUUCCUGCCGGACCUGCCCCCGUUAGAGAUCGCCCCUACUCAGGUCACAGACGUGAACGAGUGCGCCGAGGGCAGCCCCUGCUCGCCCGGCUGGUGCGAGAACCUCCCGGGCUCCUUCCGCUGCACGUGCGCCCAGGGCUACGCGCCCGCCCCCGACGGCCGCAGCUGCCUGGAUGUGGACGAGUGUGAGUCCGGGGACGUGUGUGACAAUGGCAUCUGUACCAACACGCCAGGCUCCUUCCAGUGUCAGUGUCUCUCUGGCUAUCAUCUGUCAAGGGACAGGAGCCGCUGUGAAGACAUUGAUGAGUGUGACUUCCCUGCAGCCUGCAUUGGGGGUGAUUGCAUCAACACCAAUGGCUCCUACCGAUGUCUCUGUCCCCAGGGGCACCGGCUGGUAGGCGGCAGGAAGUGUCAAGACAUAGAUGAGUGCAGCCAGGACCCGGGCCUGUGCCUUCCCCACGGGGCCUGUGAGAACCUGCAGGGCUCCUAUGUCUGCGUCUGUGAUGAGGGCUUCACGCCCACCCAGGACCAGCACGGCUGUGAGGAGGUGGAGCAGCCCCACCACAAGAAGGAGUGCUACCUGAACUUCGAUGACACGGUGUUCUGCGACAGUGUGCUGGCCACCAACGUCACCCAGCAGGAGUGCUGCUGCUCGCUGGGGGCUGGCUGGGGAGACCACUGUGAGAUCUAUCCCUGCCCGGUCUACAGCUCAGCGGAGUUCCACAGCCUCUGCCCGGAUGGCAAGGGCUACACCCAGGACAACAACAUUGUCAACUACGGCAUCCCCGCCCACCGAGACAUCGACGAGUGCAUAUUGUUCGGGGCGGAGAUCUGCAAGGAGGGCAAGUGCGUGAACACACAGCCCGGCUACGAGUGCUAUUGCAAGCAGGGCUUCUACUACGACGGGAACCUGCUGGAGUGCGUGGACGUGGACGAGUGCUUGGACGAGUCCAACUGCCGGAACGGAGUGUGUGAGAACACACGGGGCGGCUACCGCUGCGCCUGCACGCCCCCGGCCGAGUACAGCCCUGCCCAGCGACAGUGUCUGAGCCCCGAGGAGAUGGACGUGGACGAGUGUCAGGACCCCGCAGCCUGCCACCCUGGCCGCUGUGUCAACCUACCGGGUUCCUACCGCUGCGAGUGUCGCCCGCCCUGGGUGCCCGGGCCCUUUGGCCGAGACUGCCAGCUCCCCGAGAGCCCGGCUGAGCGUGCCCCGGAGCAGCGGGACGUGUGCUGGGCCCAGCGCGGAGAGGACGGCAUGUGUGCGCGCCCCCUGGCUGGGCCCACCCUCACCUUUGAGGACUGUUGCUGUCGCCAGGGCCGCGGUUGGGGUGCCCAAUGCCGCCCGUGCCCGCCACGCGGAGCUGGAUCUCAGUGCCCCACAUCGCAGAGUGAGAGCAAUUCCUUCUGGGACGCGAGCCCCCUACUGCUGGGGAAGCCACCGCGCGAGGAGGACAGCUCCGAGGAGGAUUCGGACGAGUGCCGCUGCGUGAGCGGCCGCUGCGUGCUGCGGCCCGGCGGCGCCGUGUGCGAGUGUCCCGGUGGCUUCCAGCUUGACGCCUCCCGAGCGCGCUGCGUGGACAUCGACGAGUGCCGAGAGUUGAACCAGCGCGGUCUGCUGUGCAAGAGCGAGCGCUGCGUAAACACGAGCGGUUCCUUCCGCUGUGUCUGCAAACCUGGCUACGCGCGCAUCCGCCCGCACGGGGCCUGCGUGUCCCAGCGUCCCCAGCGUCGCCGCUGACACCACGUUCAACCGGGACCUCAGCGAUCACCAAGCGGUUUCUGCCCGACACGGGGGCGAGCUCAGCCUCUACCUUCUGCCCCGAUUCGGGGUCGGACCCAGGGACCCGCCAGGCCUGUAGACCCCUUUCAGGGCCCCGUGUGCCGAGGGGGCCCAUCUGGCUCCACCUGGUUUACAGGUGGAUGCUGGGUCUCCCGGGCGCUGUCGGCCUUCCUCCCAGAGGGUGUUUCCUAGAAACUGAUAAAUCAGAUCCUGUCUCUUUAUUCUUGGCUUUUGAAGCAAAUUGUAUGUUCACCUCCGUGGUAGGCAUGGACUCCGCAGGGCAGUGCCAGACCCCAGCCUCCUCGGAGGGGCAGAUGGAGCCCAGCACAGGGGUGUGAAAUAGAAUUUAUUGUGGCUCUGAUUAUGUACAUGUGAGAUGUGCCUGGCCGGGUGGCCGGGCUGGCAUGGUUUGUACAAUAAAUACAUCCAUGGGGCUGUUCCCCGUGGCCGGAAGCACCCACA